CAAGAGCCAGCACCCCCUGCCCCCAUAAAAGACCUCACAGAGUGUCAGAUUGGUAGCAGGCCCGGAAGUUGUGGGACAUUCCCUGGGCUUCAAUCCUGGGAUGUUUAUUCUACAGGCCGGGCGGAGGGUGAGAAAGGAAAGGAAGAUGUUGCAAUCCACUCCAUCCACUGCGUCAUCUGAGGAGGGGAGGGCAGGGGCAAAGGCAGGACACCCAGACAUGGAGCCUGCCAGCUUUGUCAGUCCUGACUCAGGCCACCGAGCUCUCCACCUGCCAGCAGCCCCAGGAGAUGGAGCAGCCCAGCCCACGUGCCUGGCCUUCCGCCCCUGACUUCGCUUGAUAACGAACCAGAAACUGAAACAGGGUCAGGAUUCCCGGCCUGAAGUCAGAGAUGAGUCACUGCUGAGAGGAACUGCAGCGGCUGAGAAGUGGCACCAGAGAGGCAGGCGUGAGCUGAGGGCACCGAGACAGGCAGCACAUCUGAGGGUCCCAGUGGAGCAUGGCAAGUGGCACCGAGGUGGUGGCCAUGGACUGCGAGAUGGUGGGGCUGAGGCCCUUCGGGGAGAGUGGCUUGGCACGUUGCAGCCUCGUGGACCUCCACGGCACUGUGCUCUAUGACAAGUUCAUCCGGCCCGAGGGGGAGAUCAUCGAUUACAGAACCCCGGUCAGCGGGGUGACGCCUCGGCACAUGGAGGAAGCCACACCAUUUGCCGUGGCCAGGCUGGAGAUCCUGCAGCUCCUGAAAGGCAAGCUGGUGGUGGGUCAUGACCUGAAGCACGACUUCAAGGCCCUGAAGGAGAACAUGAGCGGCUACGCCAUCUACGACACGUCCACCGACAGGCGGCUGUGGCGCGAGGCCAACCUGCAGUACUGCAGGCGCGUCUCCCUGCGGGUGCUCAGUGAGCGCCUCCUCGGGCGGCGCAUCCAGAACAGCAAGUCAGGACAUAGCUCCGUGGAAGACGCCAGGGCCACGAUGGAGCUCUACCGAAUCUCCCGGCGGAUUCGAGACCACUGAGGGCUGCUUGCCCCACGGUUUGGGACUGAAGCUCGAUUCCCCAGGGAGUGGCGGCCUGCAGCUCUUCAGGACAGCAACUCACUUGCUUUUGUAAAAUGCAUUUUUAAUAGUAAAAUGACUAUAUUUU